AUGCGACAGAGUGAAAUUGUUAAUUGCUUGAAAAACUAUGCCAUUGAGAAGUUGGAUAAUGCGAUUGAAAGUGAUCAACCGUAUGUCAUCAACGAGUUCAUCUCCGUCAAUCGUGAUCCCACAUAUCAGCGUGAUCUGUUGGAAUUCAGCGAAAGGGAAAGGAGCCUCAAUCAAAUACUCUUCACGCGAAUACGAGAUUUCUUUGCUUCACGGAUAAUCGCCAUUAAGUUCACGCCCAAGUUCAUGGAGGAGGGUCGGAAGAAAAAGUUUGGCGGAGGAAAACAUGGUCAUGGAAUGAUGUUGGGCGGAUUUGCUAUGAUGGGCAUGAUACUCCAAGUGGUUUUGGGCAAAUUGGCCUUUUUGGCUGGAGCUGCUCUUCUCAUGGCCAAGAUGUCCCUGUUCCUAACUUUACUGGGCUCCAUGAAGAAAUUUGUAAGUGGAGGAAGUACCGGAGAUAGUCACGUCGUCGUCACUGAUCACGGUCAUGGUCAUGGUGGUGGAUAUGGUGGAUAUGGUGGAAAUGGCUGGCAGCGAAGCAUCAAUUCACGGACACCAGAUGAUGAUCAGCAAUUGCCCUACAAAGGCUACACGUCCAGCGAAUUAGCUGGUGUGUAA